AUGUUUUUCAUGUCAUGUCUCGAGGUUUUUUCCGAAUCGUCAUUUUUAAAAAAUAUCGGGAAAACUAUAAAUCACGAUUUGCAAAAAGAACCAUCAUUUUCAUUAAAUUCUAACGGUUUUUUUUACAUAAAAGACUAUAAUAAAAAAUAUAGUAAAUCGUUAAACGAUUUAAAUUCCGGAUAUUUACUAUACGAUAAUGAAUCUAUCGCCAACGGGAGCGAAGUUUUUAAAAUUUGUAAAAAAAGCAAAUCGUCAAUUGAUUCCGUAUCAUUUACCAACGACACAGCAAAUAAAUUUGCUAAAACUUGUAUAGCAAAUUUAAUUUUUUUAAAUGCUUGGAGACGACAGAAAAACAAUUAUAAACAAACUCAAGAAAAAGUUAAUUGUUUAAACGAAAAGUUAGAUGGAUUUGAAAUGCAAGUUUAUUUAUUACGUCAACUAUUAAAUGCGGAAAAAUCUAGAGUUGAUGCUGCAAAUGAAAAUAUACAAAAUUUAAUACAAAAACUUCAGCAACAUGAUUUAUUGGAAAAAAAUUACAACGAUUUGAUGGAGUAUAAUUCGCAAUUAGAAUUUGAAAUUAAAAAUCAAGAAAAUGAAAUAUUAACGGAAAAAUUUAAAUCGCGAGAUUUUGAAAAACAAUUGGAAAAAGAAAGGGAUGAAUUGAAUAAAAUAUUAAUUGAACAAAACAUUUUAAAAGAACAGUUAAAAGAAAAAGAACAAAUUGUAAAUGAUAAAACGGAAACGAUCAACGAAUUAAAUAAAUUGAAUGAAGAAUUACAAUUAAAAUUAUCAUUUCACGUUUCAUUGGUUGAUAAAACAACAGGACAAGUUAAAUCAUUGAAUGAUAACGAACUUGAUAUAAUACAAGAAAAAAUAAUUGAAUUAACGAAAAAUAAAUAUUUUUGGAAUGGUGGAAUCAUUAAAGUUGCUUCUUUAUGUGCUAAAAUACCCGUUGCUUGUAUUUGUACCGUCGGUUCAUUACUUUUACCAUUUCCGUCAUACAGAAUUUAA